AGUAGUAGUGAGCGAUCGUUCAUAGUAGCUCCCCACCCUCAGCGGGAGGAAGUGGAAUCGGCCUGGCCAUAUGCCCGAGGCCUACAGUUUCACCGCUCCACUUUUGUUUGAAACGCGUUUGCGACAUGAAACGACACACGUGAGCCAUUAUGAAGCGUUCUUAAUAUCGUAAUCAAACGAGUGGGCAACGAGGGCACGGCAAAGCGUGUAGCCCCAUGACGCCGGGUUCAUGGUGAAAGAUGGUGGACGUAGGAUAAGGGUAGAAAACUCGGUGAAAACCGUGAAAACAGCUACUCUCCACGUAGGACUUGGAUGCGUCCGCCUCGUCACUUCCUGUGCGGCGCAUCUCCGCAUUUUUGUGAAUGGAGAAAUGUUGGAAUGGGACGAAUUUCAACGUUGCGCGAAAGAAAUUGAGCUCCUGUCAGCGAGCAUAGACGAUGGCUGGCAUUUCGUAGAAGAAAAGGAUAAGCCAGGCUACCUGGAGAAGAGAACUGUGUUCCGGGAUCCGCAGAACCAUGAAUUGGUUAUAAAGGGUCUGUACCACGUUGUCUACAGCCUCAGCUACGAAGUUCCUGUGCUCUACUUCAACAUGUGGAGGCAAGAUGGGUCCCUAGUGCCACUGAACGAAGUGUGGGCCAUAUCGGGGACGGAACAGUCAGACUGGUGGUCCACCAUCACACAGCAGGAGCAUCCAAUCCUGCACACUCCUUUCUUCCAACUCCAUCCUUGCAAGACUCAAGACCUCAUGAAGCAGCUCAGGUCACAAGGAGGGCAUGGAAACUAUCUGGUGACAUGGCUCAGCAUGGUCGGCCCCAUGGCUGCCCUUACGGUGCCCACAGAGUAUGCUAAGCUCUCCUAAAACAGACCAAAACAGUACACGUUCCUGGUUGCUGAAGAAGAGUCCUGUUGGGUGACCUGCCACUUUUAUGGUCCAGGGUGGCCAACAUCGAAGAUGCAACUGCAUAAAGCAUGCAUUGCAUUGCAUCUCAGAGUAAUAGAUAAAAUAGAAUUACAUGUCG